AUGCAACUUUUUCAAUUUGAUUUCAAUAAAUUAUUUUUACGAAAAAUCUUAGAUAAUGAAAAUUAUGGUUCAGUUGGGAACGCUGAAUUUGCAAAUAUUAUUGGUGAUGCCAUUCGUGCAAUACAUGAAGGGGUUUAUCCUGAACGAAUUCGGCAAGGAUCGUCUGGGUCAUAUUUCGUGAAGAAUUGUAAAGGAGAAACCAUAGGUGUUUUCAAGCCUAAGAAUGAGGAACCAUAUGGUCAACUCAAUCCAAGAUGGAUGAAAUGGAUUCACCGUAUUUUCUUUCCAUGUUGCUUCGGGCGUUCUUGUCUUUUGCCCAAUCAGGUACUUUUUUAUCCUUUUUUUAUGCUACGAAAUUUGCGCUUUCUUUAUUACGUUGAUAUCGGUGCUGGAAAUUCAAUGAUCGAAGUAAACAGAGUUUCUCUAUCUUCUUGA